AUGAUAUGCUGCGGAAAGGGCAAUAUUGCAAGACCCGGUCGCGUUGGUAUAUGCCGACCAGCGUGUGCAAAACGUUGCGCUUCACAGGAGAAAGUGACCAUUAAGGUGCCUGAAACGGUGAAGCAAAAGGUGGUUGAGACGGUUACAAAGACGAAGACUGUAAACAAAAUAGUCCGCGAAAGCCAAUUCAUAACGGUCUCCAAAACCGUUCCAGUCACAGAAAAAGUCACCGAAGUGAAGAGCAAAACACUAACAAAUACCGUAACCGUUCCACGAACAUUCUUCAAGUCUGUGACAUUGACCAAGAACAUCAGUGUGCCUUAUACGGUGGAGAAAACCGAAACCAAGCUGCUAACGCUUUACCAGUCAAGAAUAAUCGAAAAGCCUGUCACCAUUACAAUAUCACGUGUUGUGCUGAGCACUUUUACAAAAGAGAAUCAGAACUUUAGUACUGUCAAGGAGGUUCGUUCUCAGUACGUGACAGUCACUACCACGACCGAUAAGGUGGUUUACAGCGCUGUCAAGGACGAGCCAGCCAUUACAAUCAACAAAACGGUCUAUAUCCCCGAGUUAGAAGGGUUGGAAUGUGUGCCUGAUUGCGUGUGUGUUGAUUUGGAAUGUGUCAAUCCUUGUAAUACUGUUAAAUGUGAGGAAAGAAACUAA